AGAUGAUAAUAAUAUUCUGUUUUGAUUUUAUAGUUUUUAUAUUAAAAAAAUAUAGGAUGGUAAGACUUGGUUUGUUGUUUAUCAAUCUAGCCAGAAGAAAACGUGUUGGGUUAGAAACCAGAGUUGGAUACAUUUCUCCAGAAAAUAAUGCAGGAAUAUGGCAUGGUGCUGGUGUGAAAUCUGGUUUUAUUGAAACUUUUUCUGGUAAAAAAACAAAAAGAUUUUGGAAGCCAAAUGUUUUUGAUAGAGAGUACUACAGUGACUUGCUUGAUGAAAAAAUAAAAUGCUCCUUCACAAUGAAAGCUGUCCGACAAAUAGACCAUGCUGGUGGAUUUGAUAAUUACAUCCUUAACACACCAGAUAAAGUUUUAGUUUCCAAUUAUGCACUAGCCUUAAAGAGAAAAAUGGAAACUGUUCAGAGAAUGUUAAACUAUGGUGAAAAGUCUCUUGAGGAGAUAAAAGAAGAAAUAAAACCCAGAAUAGUUAGUAAACAUGUCUGGAUACCAAGAAACUACACAAAUAGAUUCUAUUUUGAUUGGAAAGGACCAAGAAGACACACAAUAUUCUGUUAAGUAUGUCAAUGUUCAAACUUCAUGAUUUCUAGAAUAUAUCUAAACACUUGAGUCUUUUUUGUCUUGAAAUUGUGUUUCUUUAGUGCAGGGGCUAGCUAUAGUUAUAGUUAAGACAUUACGUACAUCUAUUUAAUUUGUUGGUGUAUCUUUUAAAAGUUAUUUUUAUAUCAGACAAUGGCUUGUUAAAAAGCAAUUAUAUGCUUAGGAGGUAUUACACCUACAAUUGGUUUUAAGUACAUGUUUUGUUUUCAUAUCUUUCUUUAAUUAAAACAAACAAACCCUGUUUCAUGUCUCAGUCUAAACUGAACUAUAUUAUAGAUAUUUAAUGUAGGUAUACUGUAAAUUCUGUACUGUAAAACUUUGAAAUUGUAAAAGUAAGAAAAGCUUUACAGAAGUAUAAAUUUAUGUUAGUGUUUCAUGCUGCUAAGAAUUUGGUAUUUAAAGUUAUUUAUGUUCUCCAAUUUUUUAGGUAUUACUGUUUUGUAAUUAUUGUAUUAAUGUGAUACUUGCAUAUCCAUAUGUAUAUUGGUAUCACUAUAAAAUUUUGAGGAGGAUAUUUAAAUGUCAUGGUUAUCCUGCUGGUAUGCAGAAAUUGUCAUUGAUUAGCCUAUCUUGCAUUCAAUUGAUUACAGUAUGCAAACAUUUAGCCCAUGAACUUUUUGCUUAUAAAAAUAUUAGUAAUUUAUAACUUGAGAAGUGUCAAAAAGUUGGAUUUGUUUUUGUUUUUGUUUCAUGGAAAAUAAGUUAUUACAUAUUAUGUAACUUCCUAAAAAAAUGACAGAAAGGUUAGUAUGUAUGGUUCAAUAUAGCUUACUUAUUUUUUUAAAAGAUAAAAAGUAUAGAUGAGGCUUGGUGAUACAAUUUUUAAGUUAAUAGACUAACAAAACUUUGUGAGAGCUACAAUGCUUACCAUUUUUGUAUUUUUAACCUUUUUUAUGUUUUAAGCACAUUAAGUACCCAAUAAAAGUUUUUGCUGUGUCAAUAGGAACUUAUGCCUUGUUUUUUUUCUUUAUAUAGUAUAUAUUUUUUUCUAAUUCUUAUAUGCUUAUUUGAACAAGGUUGGUAAAACGAUGCAGUUUGUUUGACUACCAUUUUUUAGAAAGUUCAGUAUAAAAGAAAUAGAAGCCUGCCUAAAACAAAUUAGUGAAGAGGUCAGAAAUAGACACUAUUCAAUGAGUUACUAAUUUGUUUAAUGGAUUCAAUUUGUUUAAAUUUAUCUCUUUCUCUACAAUAUUUGUGUCAGCUUUAAACCAAUGUUAUUUUGGUGUCCCAAGGCUAUAGUAAGAUCCCUAUUGUCUAACUAUUACCCAGUUAAUUAUACUCUUGUUAGACUGUGAACCACACUCUAACUAACUGACCUUUUUUUUGUUUGGCAUCCUAGAAUGUAAUUUAUCUAUGUUAGUAAGUUACUGUUUUGGUUAAUACUGCCACACAUUGGAAAGAAAGAAAACAAUGUGCAGUUUAUUUUAAACAUGUGGUUAAACUUACAAUAAAGAUCAUCUUUAUA